CAUCUUUUCGUUGCAACACGACAUUUAACUUUCCUCUCUUUGGUAAACUUUUUGUGGUUGUUUGGCUGUAACAAAACGUUGGAACACAAGAAUAGUAAUUUGAGGUUAUGGGUAAGUGUUUUUCAGUUUGUGUGGGGGACUCAUCUACAGAUACAACUCAGCGAAAGCCUUCACAGCAAACCACAACCGCAUCAGUAACAACUAGGACGUUCAACAAUUCGUAUACCCAACACGCACCAAGUAUUAUGAACGAAUCGUUCAAGAGUAAACCAGCAGAGAAGAGUGUGCCAGCGAAAACUAGUUCAAAUGAUAUACCAAGAACGUUCCCCUUGCCAAAGCAAGAAGUUGACGAGUCAAAGAUCGCUUCGCUGUUCGGUAAAUACAAGGACGAUACCGAAGACGCUAUCCUUGCGGAUGGCAUGGAGAAGUUUUGUCAAGACUUAGGUGUUGAUCCGACAGAGUUCAUCGUGCUUGUUCUGGCCUGGAAAUUUAAUGCCUCGCAAAUGUGUCGCUUUACGAGAAAUGAAUUUUUCGAAGGAUGCAAAGCUCUCAGGGUAGACUCCAUAAGAAGCCUACAAAAUAAAUUUCCCGAACUAGAAGCAGAGGUAACAAAUGACGUCGAGAAGUUCAAGGAUUUGUAUCGAUUCACUUUCAAGUUUGGACUUGAUGUGGAUGAGGGCCAGAGAGCCCUUCCUAAGAACAUCGCUCUUCCACUUUGGAAACUUGUCUUUUCAAGGAACGUGCCAGCUGUUCUAGAUCGAUGGUUUGCCUAUUUAGAAAACAGACAACUGCGGGGAAUUUCACGAGAUACUUGGUAUAUGUUUUUAAAUUUCACAGAGGCAAUUGAGCCGGAUUUCGAGAAUUACGAUGACUCGGAGGCAUGGCCAAGUCUUUUUGACGAUUUUGUAGAAUCGGAAAGAGAAUUGAUCAAACAACUACCAAAAGAUGACGCUGCAGCUAUACACGAGGAGAAACAGGAGAACGGAAUUAUCAAAGAGGAAAGCACGUACUCCUUUUAGACUUUGACUUCGUUCUGAAAUUUCAUAAUAUUUUGGUAGCUUAGCCUAGAAUUGAACUUAAACAUGUUUGAUCUUAUCGCUAUCGAAGACUUCGCCAUCACACUUGUAGAAAGCACAAAAAAUAAUUCUAUUCGUGCGGCCUGCCUCCCGCAAUUAAGCUACGAUCCAAUCCACAGGCAGUGUAUUAAGGUCCUACUUCAUUACUGAAAAGGGUGAAACAACUUCCCCGAUCAUACACCGCGGAAUCGAUGAUAAUAAGAAAAAUCGCUUUGUUUAGGAAGCGCUGUCAAUAGAUUAAAUCUUGCUAAUUUCAUUUUCAUCGGGAAGGGGUUUUAAAUUUUAGAUCAGACAUCAUGUGCGACGGAUCAACGGGUUUUCGAACUUAGGUAUUCCAUUGGUCCUGAUUACAAAACAAUUGUCAAAGUUGUGAAAGGAGAGGUUAACCAAUUCUUAAAUUAUUAUUUUUUAAAUUUAUUAGCUUAAUGUGAAGUUUUAUACCCUAUGCCGUUUAACAUUCCACCGACAGAUCAUUGAAAUUUCGCUUAAUACAAUCUUGUUGGAGGGAAAUACAGUUGCAAUAAAACAGCUGUAAGUCGUUCUGCAAUAAGUCUAUUUUGAAAUUAGUAUGUAUGCAUUUAAAAUGCCGAUUUUUGUUACUAUGCAAUCGUAUUCAAUUCUUUGUGCUAGUGACAAAUUGAUAAACUACAAUAUACCUACCACACAAAACAAAUAUCAAGUCUUUGUCAUUAAUCAGAGGACUAGACAAUCAGAGAUCGUCUAGAAAAGAUAUCGUGUUGCUGGUGUGCUAAAUUCUCUUCAUUUAUGUCAACAAGCCCAUAGCAACCACCGACAUUUAACUAUUUUAAGCUCAUAGGUAUCAUUAAAGCAAUGAAGGAUGGUGAAUGAACCUGUCUGUAAAAUUUUAAAAGCAUUUCCACAAAGAGGUAAAAUUAACUUUAUUUUGUCUGGAACUGUAAUGUAAUUCUUGUACUGUGAAGUACUACACAUUAAAACAUUAUGUUUUCAA